AAUAUUGUCAUAGUUAAGUCGCGGGUAUGGCUAUUCUCUCAGGUUUCUCUCUGACGUAUAUAUCCUUUAUCCACGGCAUGAUCGUCACGUUAUAACCUUUGCGGUGCAAUAGGAGUCUCUUCCUAUCGUCAGCCAACGUCAUCGAAAUCGUGUGCGAUUUAGCAUGAGCGCGGCAAUAAACAUCGCCAGUCCGGAAAUCAGUGUUGUACGAUGAGACGUGGCCCUACAUCGGUGACUUCGUAAUUAUCCUCGACAUUACUCGUUAUCGCGAAUCGCUACAAGAUGUAUUUAUCGCAUUUCCUCGUGAGCACGCUGUUAUGUGUGUUUUCGUUGGUUCACGGGAGCGAGCUCGACUACGACGGCUGGUUACAGCUGAGGUUAUGGCACGCGUUCAACGACGAGCCGAUGGCCGUAUUCACGGAGCGCGGCAACAUUACUGUGUCCAGCGUGCGUAGCGGUGCGUCCGUUGUCGGUCAGAACGGUCUGUUGCCCGUCGAGAUAAACGCGCUAAAAGCUCUCGCCAAAAACGACGGCAAGUACAGGUUGAAGGCAUUGGCGCGUACCUCUUCCGGGAGCGAGAUCACCUUCCUCACGGCGGUGCCAGCGUGCUACCUGCUUGGUUCCGAUUUAGAAGACGUCAUAACGAUAUGGUUGGAUAGCGCGGCGGAGCCGGUAGCUGUGAGCAUAUCAUCUUCGGGUCCUUGUAUAUUUGAUAAUCCUUUCACAAAUAUGUGGACGACUAAUGUCAUGGUCAGAUAUCCAGAUGGUGGUCCAGUUCCAGAUACAGCUACGUACAUUCAGAAACUUGAACGAGAACGGGAAGCUAGAGAGAGAGGAGAGACCAAAGAUAAUCGUUCAUUCUUUGCAAAAUAUUGGAUGUACAUUGUGCCAGCAUUGAUCUUUUUACUUCUGACAUCCGCAACGAAUCCGGAAACUGCUACAGGGGCAAGUGCACAAAGACAAUGAUUUGCUAACAGAAAUAAUUUCAUUGUACCUGCAUGUGCAUUGUGUCCUAGUGUUAAAGGGAGAUCUUAUGGAAGUUGUCCAAAUUUAUAGUAUAAUUUCAUAAUCAGAUAGCGCGAUAUAAUAAUAUAAUUAAUAAUAAUUAUAAGUAUUGCUAUAAUAAUUACACUUCUGAUAAAAUAAACAAACUGAAUAAAUAGUUUAAGUAAA